AUGGGCAUUGAAUCUGAAAGUGUUAGCUUCUUCAAUCGCUCAAUGUUCUUCUUUUUCAUCAUAAUCUUGCUUCCACCACAUUAUCAUUGUUCUCAAGUUUAUAACAUCACUCCUUCGCAACCGUUAGCACAGGGCGACACUCUUGUCUCCCCUAGCAGCAUUUUCGAAUUAGGCUUCUUCAGUCCUAAUGGUUCUGCUAGUAAGUAUGUGGGGAUAUGGCACAAGAAUAUAUUUCCCCGUAAAGUAGUGUGGGUGGCCAACAGGGAAAAGCCCAUUGCAGUUACAAGCUCAUUGGCGAGUUUGAGAAUUAGCAGCAAUGGGAGUCUGGAGCUUGUAGAUGGGAAACAGAACUCUUUAUGGUCUACCGAAGUAACUAGUGAGGUGUCAUCAUCUAAUACUAGUUCAGUUGCAGCACUUCUUUUAGACAGCGGAAAUUUUAUUGUCAAAGAUGAUGCAGAGGCGGACGGAGUAGUAUGGCAAAGCUUUGAUUAUCCUGGAGACACGAUGCUACCAACCCAGCGGGUUCAAUACAAUACUAAAUCUAAAAAGGGCAAUAUCCUGACUGCCUGGAAAAGUGAGAGUGAUCCAUCUGCUGGGAUAUAUACAGUUGAAGGCGGACGGGCAACAGAGGUUCCAGCACAAGUGAUCAUUUGGAUUAAUCGAUCAACUCCAUUCUGGAGAAGUGGGCCAUGGGAUAAAUCAAAGUUCAUCGGCGUGCCAGAUAUGGAUGAUCGAUAUCUUAGUGGAUUUACAGGAGAGGGGGAUGUAGAAGAGGGAACACAGUAUUUCUCUUAUAAAACAUUUGGCACUUUGGCAACAUAUGGAGACAUCUCGUCACAGGGAAAUUUUAAGUUUAUGUAUGUACAAAAUGGUAGGAACUGGUCACUCUACCUCGAGACACUAAAGAAUCCAUGUGACAUCUAUGGAGCAUGUGGGCCUUUUGGGGUUUGCAACAGCUCUGAAUCUCCAAUCUGCAAGUGUUUGAAAGGGUUUGUGCCAAGUUCGGACCAGGAAUGGAGGAAGGGAAACUGGACCAUGGGGUGCGUCAGGCAAACCAACUUGUUCUGUGAAAGACAAACAGAUAAGAAGUCAUUCUCAUUGCAAGGAAAACAAGGUUAUAAUGAUGAUGGGUUUUGGAAGAUGACAGGGGCAAAAGUGCCAGAUUAUCAUCAGUAUAUUACAUCUUUGAAUACUGAUGACAUCAAUGGCUGCAUGAUACAGUGCCUAAAUAAUUGUUCUUGCCUGGCUUAUGCACUUGUUAAUAAUGUUGGGUGUUUGGUCUGGUCCAAAGACCUUAUAGAUAUAGUGGAGUUCUCCCAAGAAGGUGUUGAUCUUUAUGUUCGCCUAGCACGCAAAGAACUAGGUGAAGGAAAGCCAAUUAAGUUGAUUGCCAUCCUUACAGCUAUUGGUUUAAUGAUUAUCUUGGUUGCCAUAAUGUUCGGUUUGCACAAAUUGCGAGCCAACCAAAACGGAUCGAUUCCAACUUCUAGGGAUACUCUUCGAGAAUAUAUUGGGAAACAUGAUCCAUCAGAGCUAUUGAUCUAUGAUUUUGAUACCAUGUUAACUGCUACAGACAAUUUCAGCAUUACAAACAAACUCGGGCAAGGAGGCUUUGGUCCUGUUUAUAAGGGUAUACUACAAGAUGGGAAGGAAAUAGCUGUAAAAAGACUAUCUAGUAGCUCAAGACAAGGCAUUGAAGAGUUCAAGAAUGAAAUGUUGUUGAUCUCCAAUCUUCAACACAAAAAUCUUGUUAGGAUGAUGGGUUGCUGCAUUAAAGAGGGCGAGAAGUUACUGGUUUAUGAGUUCAUGCGAAACAAAAGCUUGGAUACAUUCCUAUUCGAUCCGAUGAGGAGAGGAGAGCUUGAUUGGGAUAGACGCUUUAAUAUUAUUCAGGGUAUUGCUAGAGGGCUUCUUUAUCUCCAUCAUGAUUCCUAUGUGAAGGUAAUACAUAGAGAUCUGAAAAUCAGCAACAUUCUCCUGGAUGAAAAAAUGAAACCAAAAAUUUCAGAUUUUGGACUGGCACGCAUAGUUGAAGGAACACAAUGUAUAGAAAGUACACAGAAGGUUGUGGGAACACGUGGCUAUAUGUCUCCAGAGUAUGCCAUGGGUGGAAUAUUUUCUGAAAAAUCUGAUGUCUAUAGUUUCGGGGUUUUGGAAUUGGAGAUUAUCAGCAGCAAGAAGAAUAGCAACUUUUUUUUAUAUGACCAACAACUAGGCUUUCUAGCCCAUGCAUGGAACUUGUGGUAUGAAGGUAAGGGAUUGGAAUUGGUAGAUGAAGUGUUGGGUGAUUCAUAUUCCUCAUCAGAAGUAUUGAAAUGUGUGCACAUUGGGCUUCUUUGUGUACAAGAUAAUGCUGCGGAUAGGCCAACCAUGAAAGAUAUUGUUUUAAUGCUAAAUAGUGAGAAAGAUUGUCCACAACCUAAGAGGCCUGAAUUCACUAUGCAAAACUCAUUUUCUCAUCCUCAACCGCAGUAUGUUCAGACUAAUUCCUCCAUGAAUGAAGCUACUAUUACAGUGAUUGAAGGACGAUGA